GUUGGGACACACACACACACACACACACACACACACACACACACACACGCGUGUGCGCGCGCGCACACAGGCACACGCAGACACAAAGCGCUCAGGGCCCUCGUAUGGACCCUGCUCCCUCCCCUCCCAUCGUCCAGGGCUGUCCGUGCAUCUCAAGUCUCCAGGCUACAGCCCCCUUCUUAGCCUAGGAUCUGCACAGCAUUGAGGGAUCCAGGAACCAACCUCAAGACCGUCAGCAAGCCCAGGUCCAGCCAACCCUACCAUGACAAAUGACUAUCAAGAUUUUCAGCAUCUGGACAAUGAGGACAAUGACUAUCAGCUCCGACAGGUCCUGGAAAGGAGUCUUAGCCCGCUGUCGUCCAGUGGCCCCAGAGCUGCCCGGGUGCCCCUGUGUCCCUGAGACCGCGAUGCCCUCUCUUGCUAGUGCCACCCGCCUCGCAGCCGCUGUUUCGGAGGCUCUGCUCGGGACCCUGCCUCCUCCGGCUCUCCCUGGGCCUCGGCCUCCUGCUGCUGGUGGUUGUCUGUGUCAUCGGAUCCCAGAACUCCAGGCUGCGGGCGGAGCUGCAGGCCCUGAGAGAGACUUUCAGCAACUUAACAGCGAGCGCGGAGUUCGAGGUCAAGGCCCUGAGCAGCCAGGGAGGAAGUGUGGGCAGAAAGUUGAAGUCGCUGGAGUCCCAGCUGGAGAAACAGCAGCAGGACCUGAGCGAAGAUCACUCGGGCCUGCUGUUGCACGUGAAGCAGUUCGUGUCGGACCUGCGAAGCCUGAGCUGUCAGAUGGCCGUCCUCUACCGCAACGGCACGGCGAGGGCCUGCUGCCCGGUCAACUGGCUGGAGUACGAGGGCAGCUGCUACUGGUUCUCCCGCUCCGGGAAGUCCUGGGCCGAGGCGGACCGGUACUGCCAGCUGGAGAGCGCCCACCUGGUGGUGGUGGGCUCCUGGGAGGAGCAGAAAUUUGUCCAGCACCAUAUGGGUCCUGUGAACACCUGGAUGGGCCUCACCGACCAGAGUGGUCUCUGGAAAUGGGUGGACGGUACGGACUACGAGACGGGCUUCAAGAACUGGAGGCCCGAGCAGCCGGACGACUGGUACGGGCACGGGCUCGGGGGAGGCGAGGACUGCGCGCACUUCACCGAAGACGGCCGCUGGAACGACGACGUGUGCCAGAGACCCUACCGCUGGGUGUGCGAGACAGCGCGCGAGCCGGCCAGCUAGGAGCCUCCUCUCCCGUAAUUUAUUUCCUCGGUGCCUCCACCUGCCCCGUGACCCUCCCGUCGGGGGGGGGGUGGUGCUCCUCCACCGUCUCGGGGAUGGCUGAUCCAGGGUUUUAAGGGAAGGGGAAAGACGCUGUCUGAGGAACGUACAAUCAGGUUUGGAGGGGCGGGGAGAUCGAAACCCCUGUCACCUGCCGCAGCCUGCAGGGUAUGGUCAUCCUUUUUUAGAGUAAAAAGACCAGAAAUACUCUAAACGUGCCAUGCGUUGUCUGGUUA